AGCAACCACCACCACACGCCACGCACCCACGCCCUGCACACGUCCCUUCACGCUUGCACAGCACUCGCACAGCACUCUCCAAAUCCUCACUGUCCAGCGCUCAGCUCCACCCCUCGCGGCGCCGUCACGGCCACAUCUGCGUCUGGCACUCGCCCGCCUCCACCUGCAGCUGCGAGCCGAUUACGCACGCGUCGCCGAGCGUGUCUCUGCGCUCUGCACUGACAGCGCCGUUUGCGACACCGGUGCCGCGCGAGGAGUAGUGCGGCCGCAUCUUGCCCGCCAUGGCACCGUCCACAUCGGCAGCCGCGGCGGACGCUGCUGCGGCGGCCCGAGCGCGAGACUGGCCCGAGGGCGCGCACAGCAGCGCGUCGGACAGUGCGCCGCCUUCGAGCCGCCGUCGACGCCGCAGCAGCGGCGGGCUGGCCAUGAUGGACGCCGGUCCCAGUACUUCAAGCUCGCGCGCGUCCGCCGCGCAGACGGACGGAGAAGGCCAGGCGCGCAGCAAAGACGCCGCGCGCAACGACGCUCCGCCACCUGCUCGCCGCCGCCGCAUCAGCAUCGGCUCGUCGCUGUCGCUCGGCCUGCGCGCGCUCGUCCCGACUGCUUCGUCGAGCGCGGCGGAGCCGGCGACGAGCAGCCUGCGUCGCCUGGGCCGCCGCUUCCGCGCAUCCAUUGUGCCCUGGGCGUCCUCGAGUGGCGCUGCCGAGCAGUCCGAGCCUGUGCGCAACAGCGCUGCCGAUGCAGACGACGAGGACAUGGCAGACAGCUGCGAGGUGGAGGCACAGAUGGUCGCAGACAGCGAGGCCGAAGCGAGCCGCGCCUCGCCGGAGCCGCAGAUCGACGAGACGCACUCGGCUCCAGAGGACGCGACUCUGGAAGCGCCAGCGAUUGAGCGCGAGGCGCAUGCUCAGAGAGUCGAGGCUGCCGAGGCGGCGUCUGCGCCUGCGCCUGCGCCUCGUGAGCAGGAGCCGUCGGCGUCCGGUCCGCGCGCCUCGGCCGGUCAGAACCAGGCAGCGUGGCGAGCGUACGAGCGCGCCUCUGUGGCCCACGCGCUGGGCCUCGGUCCGGCGCCCGACGUGCCCACGCUCGACGCUGCCGACGGCCUGCCGACGCCCAGCUCGACUCUCUUUGCGUUGCUGCGAGAUGUGCUCGGCCUCGGCACACGCGCGCCGACUGCGCCACAGGCCAACGCUGUUCCCGCCGGCGGGGUGCCCAUGCAGCGCGAGGCUGCGCCGUCUUCGCCUGCAGCAGCUGCUCCCCAGGCUCCUGCACCCCAGCGGCAGAGCCCUGGCGGCACGAGUGUCAUCGUGCAGGGCGCCCUCGUCUCGCGGACGCUUCCGGACCGGGCCCGCUCCGCUGGAGCUGCGCCGCCUGCUGCUUCCGCUACGGCCUCGGCAGCGCCUGACGCGCAGCCGGCGCCGCACGCCGAGCCCGGUCCGGGUCACGCUCAGGCUGCCACUAUCGCCGAGCAAGCCGACAUGCUCUGCCGCCUCUGCAGCAUUGCGGCGGCUGCGACUGCUGCGUCUCUCAUGAGCGGUCCGGACAGCCUGGCCACGACGAUUGCCGACAAUGUCGGCUCGGUCGCCUUUGGCAACUCUCGCGAGGCAGCGUCUCGCUCUGCCGCUGCUGGCCCAGCCCCCGCGGCAGCCGCAAGCGCGGAGGUGGAAGGCGAGCAAGCCGGAAGCGCGCAAGCGGCAAGCGGAGAGACGAACAGCGCGCAAGCAGCAGGCGCCGAGGCAUCAACUGCGGGCACGUCCUCCGCAUCCUCGGAGAUCGCGCCUCCGCCGCGCUCGCCAGCGACUGCUAGCGCUAUUAGCAGCUUGCGAGAGCGGCUGAACGCGGUCAGUGAGCGCGUGCGCCUCGCACGAUCGGCGUCCGGGUCGAGGGCGGCACCUCCUGCGCCCGGCGGAGUGGCACACGCGCCCGAUCCCGUACCCGAGCAGCGCCCAGCUCUUCGUCAGCCGGCCGAUCCGUCGCAGCUUCAUGGCGCCCUCGGCCAGCUCCUUCACGACGUCUCUGCGGGCCUGCACGGCACGCGCAGGCAGCGACCCGAGCCGCAGCGGCGCACGCAGACGCAGCCGCGGCCCUCGGUGGCCGUCCCGAUCUCUGCGGAGGGUGCGCGCCUGCGCAGCAUCCACGACACGAACGCCACGCUCGAGCGCGUGCGCGAGGGCAACAUUGUCAUGGGCCGCGAGCACAGCUGGGAGCGCUUCAUCUUCGAUCUCUUCCAAGACCUCGGCGCCGCCGUGCGCGGCCUGCCAGCGGCGGCCUCGGCGCUUGCAGACGCCGAGGUGGGCCGCAGCGAUGAGGGCGACGGUUCAGCGACCGCCUCGGGUUCGGCGGCAGAUGGCUCGCCGGCUCCUGACAGCGCGGCGGCGGGCCUGGACGAGGCCACGAGGACGCGUCGUGCGGGCGAUGUGCAGGACGGCCAGCUCACGUUCUACCGCCUCUUCCGCUUCGAUCCGCUGGGGGCCGGUGCACGCGAUGCAUCGGCAGCGACGCCUUCUGGACAACGCCCGCCGAUGGCGAGACGCGCCAGUGCUCCCGACGUUUCGGCUGCUGCCGUCUCGGGCGCGCCGGCGGCUGCCACGGGCGCACCGGCGGUCGAAGGCGCGGCAGAGCCGGCUGCACCUGGUCUCAUUCCCUGCAUCGUCGUCGGCGUCCGCUCUCUCGGCGCCACUGAGACUGGCCCGCCGGGCCUCUUUACGCGCAACCGUCCGCCUCACGACGCUGCUGCCGCCGACGGCCAGCAGGCCGGUGCCGCAGCGGCGCCGGCUGGACCGGCUCAGGCCGGCGCGCCGCCCAGCAUCGGCUCGGACGGCCUCCCGCAGGGCCCGGGCCUCGCGCGCUACCUCCUCUUCAUCAGCGGCGGCGCGUACCGCGGAGACCACCCGCUGCUGUCGGCGCCCUUCAACCAGGCGGCGCAGGAUCUGAUGCUGCUCAUGGAGGUGCGUGCCAGUGGCGGACGUCUGACCACCGCGCUGACCCGUGCCACAGCUUCUCUCGCGCAUGCAGGCGAUGCGCAAGGAGCCGCAGACGGUCACGCAGGCGCAGAUCGACGGCGCCGGGCUCCGGCGUGUGCACGGCGGCGCCGCAGAGAUCGCCACGCUGGCCGCGCAGAAUCUCGUGCACGAGAACACGAGCGUCAAGUGCCUCAUCUGCCUCGAGGACUGGGAGAGCGCGUCGGACGACUGCCGCCUGCUGAGCUGCAAGCACCUCUUCCACACCGCAUGUGUCGACCAGUGGUGCACCAAGUCGAGCAACUCUUGCCCGCUGUGCCGCGCACAGGCAGUGCGCACGUCGGGUGCGCCGCGCCCCGGCGCCUCGCCGCCCGUGGCGCCCAACGCCGCCGCAGCCGGCCAGGGCGAUGCGGCCGCGUAGCGCACACGCAAGCUUCUAGGACGUCGUCGCUGGCCAUCGCCGCAUCGACGCCAUGCCUUUCCCUCAUGACCUUCCAUGACCAUCCCGCUUAGACGAGCACCCGCCCGCGCCCCCCCUUCAUCCUUCCGCAU